CUUUCUUCCGUGUCGUACAUAAGAAGGAGACGUUGCAAGUAAUCUUGCACCACAGCCGAGUUAGCUUCCAUAUCUGCAUGCCCUGCAAUUCCUUGGACGUAUAAAGUCACUAAGACCCUGGAAAAACUGGCACAUGCUAAGUUGGCGGUCUUCUUCCUCUCAGAGUCGACACCGUUGUGCAGACUUAUUGUUUCUCAUCUUUAAUGGAAAGUGGCCAUAUACCUCACAGGUUUCCUUUCAUACACCUUAGAACUGUUAUUAUGUAGACGCGUCAAGACGCAAAAUGAGUCCCAAGUUCUGUCUCACCCUGUAUUCCGCAUUUCUCCCUCGAUGCCUCGACAAAUCUUACCUCCCAGAGCACGAUGCGUUCAGAUUACUGAAGGGACUGUAACCUGUCAGUGUCCGUGGUUCAAUUCUCCUACGUUGCCUUUGGAUCAGCUCAUCUGUGUUGCAUGUGGACAUGGGAUUCAUACCCACGUUGACUACGAGUCAAAAGUUAUCUAUCAUAAUCCCACCACUCAGUUGUGGCAUAUGCCCAAAAGACGUAUCAAUCGCAGGCUUGUACCUGCACCGUUCAACUUUUCGACCAUGAACCCAUCUCCAGAUCCCUUCGCGAGCAGUCCCACUGAUAGCCAGACCCCUUCUAAUGCCAACCCAAGCAAAUCCUCAGGUGAUACUGGGACCUUGACAGCCGUUCCCGUUCCCUUUCAAUCCAACAGCGUCCCCCACUUCUCCCAGAACGAAGCUGACACCUUCGUUCUCAUCAGCAAUCGGACGACGCAUACCUGUGGCUCGACCCUGUCGUUCACCACGCAUCCGAGGGUAACUAUGAUUACCAAGGUUAUUCAAUUGGGACAAGUGGUGGAAUACCCAUAG